CGGCGGCGGUGGCGGCUCCCGGGACCGGGGCCUUUUGUUUGGAGCGGCUGCGGGGAGGCCCCGGAGCGGCGAAGCCGGCGGCCUUCCCCGGCUCGCUGGGUCCCGGCCGCCCCUCGCGGGGGUGGGAGGCCGCCCCCUGGGCCGGGCAUCGCCUCAGGCGCCGCCGCCCCGCCCUAGGCCCGCCCCGCCCCGCCCGGCCUGAGGGGAGGAACCGGCCGGGCCUCGCCGCGCGGCCCAGCCACCGCCGCAGUUGCCGCCUCUGCUCUCAGUGCUUCCGACCCAAGGCCGUCCCUUGCCCCUCGGGCCGAAGCCAUGAAGAUCAAAGAUGCCAAGAAACCCUAAAACGCAGAUAAACAAAAAAGAAGAUAAAAUCAACCGUAUUCCCGGCACCCGGAGCGAACCACUAUUAAUAUGAUGCUUUCCCCUGGUUUGGCAUGGACAUUGGGGGAACUCUAGUAAAGCUCUCGUACUUUGAACCUAUUGAUAUCACAGCAGAGGAAGAACAAGAAGAAGUUGAGAGUUUAAAAAGUAUUCGGAAAUAUCUGACUUCUAAUGUAGCAUAUGGAUCUACCGGCAUUCGGGAUGUACAUCUUGAACUGAAAGAUUUAACACUUUUUGGCCGAAGAGGGAACUUGCACUUUAUCAGGUUUCCAACCCAGGACCUGCCUACUUUUAUCCAAAUGGGAAGAGAUAAAAACUUCUCAACAUUGCAAACGGUGCUAUGUGCUACAGGAGGUGGUGCUUACAAGUUUGAAAAAGAUUUUCGCACAAUUGGAAACCUCCACCUGCACAAACUGGAUGAACUUGACUGCCUUGUAAAGGGCUUGCUGUAUAUAGACUCUGUCAGUUUCAAUGGACAAGCGGAGUGCUAUUAUUUUGCUAAUGCCUCAGAGCCUGAACGAUGCCAAAAGAUGCCUUUUAACCUGGAUGAUCCUUAUCCACUGCUUGUAGUGAACAUUGGCUCAGGAGUCAGUAUUUUAGCAGUCCAUUCCAAAGACAACUAUAAACGAGUGACUGGGACAAGCCUUGGAGGGGGUACCUUUCUGGGUUUAUGCAGUUUACUGACUGGCUGUGAAAGUUUUGAAGAGGCUCUUGAAAUGGCAUCCAAAGGUGACAGCACACAAGCUGACAAGCUGGUCCGUGAUAUUUAUGGAGGAGAUUAUGAAAGAUUUGGUUUGCCAGGUUGGGCUGUAGCAUCUAGUUUUGGGAAUAUGAUUUAUAAGGAGAAGCGAGAAUCUGUUAGUAAAGAAGAUCUGGCAAGAGCUACUUUAGUUACUAUCACCAAUAACAUUGGUUCUGUGGCACGAAUGUGUGCUGUUAAUGAGAAAAUAAACAGAGUUGUCUUUGUUGGAAAUUUUUUACGUGUCAAUACUCUCUCAAUGAAACUUUUGGCAUAUGCACUGGAUUAUUGGUCAAAAGGUCAACUGAAAGCAUUGUUUCUAGAACAUGAGGGAUACUUUGGAGCAGUUGGUGCACUUCUUGGGCUGCCAAAUUUCAGCUAAAGAAUCAGGUCUCUCUCUCUGCUAAUAAAUGUCAUCCAAGAGGAACUAAAACCAGAGGCAUUAUUACUGCAUUGUUUGUCACUGGGAACCAAAGGAUAAAAGAGUAGCAUAAGCUGCUGAAUGUUGCCAUAAUUAAAGGAGAGAACUUAGUAAUGUGAAGUAUUUCUCACUGAAAUGCUUUCCCUUUUGUAUAUAGCCAGUGUUAAAUCCUUAAAUGCAAUACAGCCUCUGAUUAUUGAGCUUCCUCUCAAAAAGAUUUUUUUAUUUUAUGUAGCCAACAUUGCAGUACUGUAUGCUCAAACACAAAUCUUAAAGUCUUGGAAAUGUUUAGCUUAUGAAAGUAAUCGACUCUGAAUAUUUGUUACAAGUCUGUUUUAUGUGUUUUGAUUACUAGUGAGCAGAAAAUAACAUACCCUGUAUCCAAAAUUAUUGAAAUGGCAAUCAAAGAUGAUCAUUUUUAUGUGAUUUUAGAAAUGUUAGGGCAAUACUUCUAAUUAUUGUAGUUUUUUUAACAUAUCACCCCAAAGCAUGUUUAUGUGAUCUUUCCCCAUAAGUAUCUUUUCUCAAAUGCCAUAAUUAACUGAAAUACUAUUACUAAAUUUUCACGUGAAUUCUAAAAUGAAUCUUAGGAAAUGCACAUUUGGUGAUGUUGCACUUUCUGUAUUUUACAGGAAUUAAUCAAUACAUGUUGAAAUGUUUAACAUUUUAAGAUUGGAGGCUUAAUUACUUACUUGAGAGUCUGUCUAAUGAGGUCCUGGAACUAUUCUAAUGGAA